AUGACCGAUUCAGGCUCCAGAAGAGUUAAGAUCAUUAUAACGCAACAGGAAGCGGCCGUGUCCAUCCAGGCCUGGUGGCGGGGCACCCUGGUGCGCCGGACGCUGCUGCACGCGGCGCUGAGAGCGUGGAUCAUCCAGCGCUGGUGGAAGCAAAAGCUGGCCACGCUGUUGGAGAAGAGGCAGCGGGCAACCCUAGAUUCAUAUGUGCGGAAGGAGUGGGCGGUGGUCCGGCUGCAGUCCUGGGUCCGCAUGUGGCGCUUCCGCCUGCGCUACUGCCGUUUGCUCCGUGCGGUCCGCAUCAUCCAGCUGUAUUGGCGCUGGCAUAUUUGCCAUACCCGUGGUUUUAUUCAGGGUCAUUACGACGUCAAAGAAAACCAAAUGAAUCUUGAACUCGAAUUCUCUCUGGGCUCACAGGCUUGUAGGAUGCAACAGUGCAUAUCCCUUCCAAUAAAGGAAUGA